AUGAAUUUGAAAUCUUUCUGGAUUAAUCUUGACCUGGGUCAAAUAGUAGCCAAAAGUAACACGGAUCCCUCUAUUUACAGAGCCCUCGCUCUCGAACUAUUAAAUAUUUUUUACCCUGAGCCAGAGUGGCUUCGGAUCUUUACUGAUGGAUCUCUCCUGUCUGAUGGCCCUAAUGCAGGUGCCGGAGUUUUGUUCGAAAUUUUCUCUUUCUACAUCCCUAUGAGCCGAGGUACUGCGUACAGUGAAUUUGUUGCGAUUCACACAGUUCUGUACCAGCUGCCAUGCCACUUAAAAAAAUUCAUAAGAGCUGUUAUCCUCAAUGAUUCCCGAUCCUCUUUGUUGGCUAUCGUUUCAGAUAAAAGUCCUGUAUCACAGGACCUAUUGGAUUGUCGAUAUUAUCUAAGAAACCUGGCAUCACUUGAGAAAACUAUAGUCCUCCAGUGGGUUCCUGCCCACUGUGAUGUUCCAGGUAACAAGAAAGCCGACUUCCUGGCAAAAAAGAGUGCUUUAAUCAAGCAGAAUAUUUCUCGUCCUCUGCCUUUCCAUACUGUUAGGGAUCUUAUUAAAAGAUCUUUCAAAGUACGUGCUCAGGAAGAUCUCUAUCAUUGUGUUUCUCAUAAGUCUUAG